GGACACAAGACAAACACAGACAGUCCAAACACCAGAAAUCCCCCCCUCGCUGUCUGGUGAUACACCGUUGAAAACCAUUGACACCCGGGCGUUGACAACGGCCACCUCUCGGCCGCGCUGUCCACCAUGGCCCUCAACCUCCCGCCGCUAGGCGCGAACAACGGCGGAGGGGCCCAUACCCAACCCUCGCUGCCCUCGCUGCCCGCUCAUUCCCAGUCCGACACGCAGUUGACGGCGCAUCUCGCCAGCCGUUUCCAUGUCUCGAUUCCGACCGCACGCCUCUCGUCCCACGCGCUCAUCUGCACCAACACGUAUACGAGCUCGACCAAGGGCGAUGGCUCUAGGGAUUCGUCCGCCCAGUCCGCGGCCGAGGACAUGGCGGAGAGGGCCUUCCUCCGGAUGGGACACCGCUUGGAAAACCAGGCCGUUCUCUUUCUUGGUGAAUCUGGCUCAGGGAAAACGACUGUGCGAGCUCACCUCAUGACUUCGCUGCUCAACCGCUCCUCUACUCCUCUCUCGGCCAAGGUAUCCCUUGCUGCGUACGUCUUCGACACGCUCACUACCACGAAAACAGCCACGACACCUACGGCCUCCAAGGCUGGUCUCUUCUACGAGCUCCAGUACGACACCGCGUCGUCGACAAACCCCGUCCUCCUCGGCGCCAAGCUGCUAGAUCACCGACUGGAGCGCAGCAGGAUAACGGAUGUUCCCACGGGUGAACGUAACUUCCACGUGUUGUACUACUUGCUGUCAGGUACAAGUGCUGCCGAGAAAUCCCACCUCGGGUUUGACGGCCCCGAGAAACGGUGGAAGUACCUGGGCCAUCCUACACAGCUGAAGGUGGGCAUCAACGAUGCCGAAGGUUUCCAGCUCUUCAAGACGGCUCUGCGGAAACUCGAGUUCCCCCGUAGUGAGAUUGCCGAAAUCUGCCAAAUCUUAGCCGGCAUCUUGCACAUUGGCCAGCUCGAAUUUGAGACGACCUCCAGUACGACCGCAACAGGCGAUGACAGCGGCGGCUUCUCCCAUGAAGGCGCCCAAACAAGCACCACGGUGAAGAACAAGGAUGUGCUCAGCAUCAUUGCCGCCUUCCUAGGUGUUGGUGCGGCCGAGCUCCAGGCGACACUGGGCUACAAGACCAAGAUGAUCCACAAGGAGAGGGUGACAGUCUUGCUCGACCCAGCUGGCGCGCGGGGGAACGCAAAUGAGCUUGCCCGGACACUGUACUCGCUUCUCGUUGCCUACGUGAUCGAGAGCAUCAACCAGAGGCUGUGUGCUCCCGAGGACUCGAUUGCCAACACCAUUUCCGUCGUGGACUUCCCCGGUUUCCAGCAACAAACUUCGACCGGCUCAACCCUCGAUCAGCUCCUGGCCAAUGCCGCCACCGAGUCCCUCUACAACCUGACGCUGAAGAACUUCUUCGAUCGCAAAGCCGACAUGCUCGAGACCGAAGAGGUUGCCGUGCCCGCGACCAGCUACUUCGACAACUCGGAUGCCGUCAAGGGCAUGCUGAAGCCGGGCAACGGCCUGCUCAGCAUCUUGGACGAUCAGACUCGUCGCCACCGUACUGACAUGCAGCUUCUCGAGAGCCUGCGUAAGCGCUUCGAGGGAAAGAACCCUGCCAUUGGCGUUGGCGCAGCCACCGCGAAGCUGCCCGGCAGCAAUUUCUUCACCGAGAACAACGCCGCUACCUUCACCGUCAAGCACUAUGCCGGCGAGGUGGAGUACCCGGUCAAGGGGCUCGUCGAGGAAAAUGGGGAGGUCAUCUCGGGCGACCUGAUGAACCUGAUCAACGCGAGCAAGAGCACAUUCGUCGCCCGUCUCUUUGGUCAGGAGGUUCUCAAGACCGUCGUUCACCCGCAAGAGCGGACAACGGUCAUGCAGGCCUCUGUCAGCUCGCGGCCGAUGCGCCAGCCCAGCGUCAUGUCGAGGCGCGGGCGGCCCUCGGCUGCUCUCCAAGCCCGCCAGCAGCGGGCUAUGGAGAAGGAUGUGUCGGAUCAGGGCAGCGAUGCCGGCGACAACAAGACGGCUGGUGGUGUGCGCAUCUCGGAACAGGGUGCGUCCGGCCAGUUCCUCUCGGCGCUCGACAGCGUCACGAGGUCCGUUACGGCACCGGGCACGAACUGUUACUUCGUCUUCUGUCUCAAGCCAAACGACAGACGCAUCGCGAACCAGUUCGACAGCAAGUGCGUGCGGGCGCAGCUGCAGACCUUUGGCAUUGCCGAGAUCAGCCAGCGCCUGCGGUCCGCCGACUUCAGCUUGUUCCUUCCGUUUGGCGAGUUUCUGGGGCUCGCCGAUGCCGAGACCGUCCUCGUGGGCAGCGAGCGCGAAAAGGUGGAGAUGGUGGUCGAGGAAAAGAGAUGGCCCAACAACGAGGUUGCUAUCGGUGCCACGGGCGUCUUCCUCAGCGAGCGCUGUUGGAUGGAAAUCGCACAGCUGGGCGAUAACCUCUCCCAGUCUGGUCGGUAUGGGCUUCCCUCGGACGCAGGGGAUGGCACGGGCACGCCCGCGGAUCCCUUCGGCGUGUCCAAGGAACGCCUGCUCAUGUCUGGCGGAGCCACGCCAACCAACUUCAACGGCGAGAAGAAGGGAGCCUACUUCAGCAGCAACGAAGUCGACGCCCGCUCGGAGGCCGGUGUGUCUGCGUUCGGAGCGGGCGAUAUGUUCCAGAACUUGGAUACACGCCAGCAGAUGGCCGAGCGUGGCAACGAGAAGGACAUGCAGGAGGUCGAGGAGUACAAGGACAGCCCCAGCCGCAAGCGCUGGGUCUUCAUCGUGUACAUGCUGACCUUCUUUGUCCCCGAGUUCUUGAUUCACAAGCUGGGGCGCAUGGGUCGCAAGGAUGUGCGGAUGGCGUGGCGUGAAAAGCUGGCCAUCAACAUGAUCAUCUGGUUCAGUUGCUUGACCGCCGCCUUCUUCAUCGUCGUCUUCCCGAUGCUGCUCUGCCCGCGCCAGUACGUCUACAGUCCGGAGGAGAUGUCCCAUUACGACGGGAAGGACGGCCGCAGCGCCUACGCCUCGAUCCGUGGGCAGAUCUUUGACCUUGGCGCCUUCACGCCCCGCCACUACCCCAGGUACCUGUCGCAGAAGAUGCUGACCCAGUACGGCGGCAUGGACAUCACCUCGCUCUUCCCCGUGCAGGUGUCGGCGCUCUGCCAGGGUCGGUACGGCCAGAUCGACCCGGCCGUCCUGCUCGAUUACAAGAAUGACAACAUCACCGGGUCCGCGGCUGUCAUCAGCAGCCAAGACAGGAACGCAAAGUAUCACGAUUUCCGCCACUUCACCAACGACAGCCGGCCGGAUUGGUUCUCGCAGAGGAUGAAGAUGCUGAGGGCCAACUACAAGGUCGGCAACAUCGGCUACUCGGCCGAGUACGUGCGUACACUUAGCACGCAAUCGCAGGUCGUCGCCAUCCUCAACGGCCGCGUCUACGACAUGACGAAAUACACCCAGAACGGCCGGCGGCAGAAGAACCCGCCUUGGGAGGAUCCCCCGUCAGACCCGAACGCGGUGAACUUCAUGCAUCCCCUCGUGGUCGACCUCUUCGAGGACAAAUCCGGUGACGAUAUCACGAGCCUCUGGCAAUCACUCGGCAUCGACGCAGCCCAGAAGAAGGCGAUGCAGCUCUGUCUCGACAACCUCUUCUACGUCGCCGACUUAGACACGCGUUCUUCCGUGCGGUGCCAAUUUGCUGAAUACUUGGUCCUGGCGAUAUCCAUCCUUCUUGCUAGCGUCAUCGCCUUCAAGUUUUUCGCUGCCCUUCAGUUUGGCACCAAAAACAUGCCUGAGAACCUGGACAAGUUCGUCAUGUGCCAGAUUCCAGCCUACACAGAAGACGAGGAGUCCAUUCGCCGUGCCGUUGACUCGGCAGCUCGCAUGCAGUACGAUGACAAGCGCAAACUUCUGGUCAUCAUUUGCGACGGUAUGAUUAUCGGUCAGGGCAACGAUCGCCCGACGCCGCGCAUUGUGCUCGAUAUCUUGGGAGUGUCCGAGACCAUUGAUCCCGAACCGCUGAGCUUCGAAUCGCUCGGUGAAGGUCAGAAGCAGCACAACAUGGGCAAGGUCUACUCCGGUUUAUACGAGGUGCAAGGACACAUCGUGCCCUUCCUCGUCGUGGUCAAGGUCGGCAAGCCGUCCGAGGUCUCCCGCCCGGGCAACCGCGGCAAACGUGACUCCCAGAUGAUCCUGAUGCGCUUCCUCAACCGCGUGCACUACAACCUCCCCAUGAGCCCUCUCGAGCUCGAGAUCUACCACCAGAUCCGCAACAUCAUUGGCGUCAACCCGACCUUCUACGAAUACCUCUUCCAGAUCGACGCCGACACGGUUGUUGCUCCCGAUUCGGCUACACGCAUGGUCUCAGCCUUCCUCGACGAUACCCGCCUGAUCGCUGUAUGCGGCGAGACAGCGCUGACCAACGCCAAGGCGUCGUUUGUUACCAUGAUUCAAGUGUACGAGUACUACAUCUCGCAUAACUUGUCCAAGGCCUUCGAGUCGCUCUUCGGUUCCGUCACCUGCUUGCCCGGUUGUUUCUCCAUGUACCGUAUCCGCGCCGCGGAGACCGGCAAGCCGCUGUUCGUCAGCCGCGAGAUCGUUGAGGCGUACUCGACCAUCCGCGUCGACACGCUCCACAUGAAGAACCUGUUGCACCUGGGUGAAGAUCGUUACCUGACGACGCUGCUGCUCAAGUUCCACAACAAGUACAAGACCAAGUAUAUCUUCCGCGCCCAUGCUUGGACGGUCGCUCCGGACUCGUGGCAGGUGUUCCUCUCGCAGCGCCGCCGCUGGAUCAACUCGACAGUGCACAACCUGAUGGAACUCAUCCCCUUGAACCAGCUGUGUGGUUUCUGCUGCUUCAGCAUGCGCUUCAUCGUCUUCGUCGAUCUCCUUUCCACCAUCGUCCAGCCCGUUACCAUCGCCUACAUCGUCUAUCUCGUUGUCAUGGUCGCACAGAGGGCCACCGUCGUCCCGAUCACGGCGUUCGUUCUCCUGGGUGCUAUCUACGGUCUGCAGGCCAUCAUCUUUAUCCUGCGCCGCAAGUGGGAGAUGAUCGGCUGGAUGAUCCUGUACGUGCUCGCGGUGCCCGUCUUCAGCUUUGCCCUGCCGCUGUAUUCGUUCUGGCACAUGGACGACUUCAACUGGGGUAACACGCGUGUGGUGGCCGGCGAAAAGGGCCAGAAGAUUGUCAUCUCGGACGAGGGCAAGUUCGACCCGGCCAGCAUCCCGCGCAAGAAGUGGGAGGAAUACCAGGCCGAACUCUGGGAGGCCCAGACCCAGGCCGGUGGCCUGCAUGACGAUGCUCGCUCCGAGAUGUCCGGUUACUCGUACGCCACCCGGCCCAACGUCCCCAUGUCCGAGUACGGCGGCUACACCCCCAGCCGCCCAGGGUCCACCACGGGGUACCCGGGCAUGCCGACCGCGCCCAGUCGCAUGUCGCUGGCCGCGUCGGAGAUGCUCGGCCACAACAGCAUGGCGGGCAACCGGCAGAGCCAGUUCGGCGGGUCGCAGUUCCUGGGCCACUCGCAGUCGCAGCAGGAGCUGGAGAUGGCGAACCUCGCCGGCCUGCCGAGCGACGACGCGCUCCUCGCCGAGAUCAGGGAGAUACUGCGCACCGCGGACCUCAUGACCGUCACCAAGAAGGGUGUCAAGACGGAGCUGGAGAAGCGCUUCGGUGUGCCGCUUGACUCCAGGAGGGCUUAUAUUAAUAGCGCAACCGAAGCGAUUCUCUCGGGACAACUGUAGUAGGCAGCAUGCAUGGCUUUGGUGUUUUUUGUUUUCCUCUUGGGCUUUGGGUUUCUUUGUGUCCUUUUUUUUUUUUUUGGCUUUC